CCCAGCUGUAGCAUUUGUCCAUGCUGUAGCCUGGGUCGAGCAACGUCCCAGGCGGGAAGUUCUGGCGCAUGGCGGGAGAUGGCGCCUGGUGGCCUCGGUGAGGCCAGCGUCAUCAGGAAGCGCAGCAACAAAAACCACCUGACGGUGAAGUAUACCGAUGGCGGGCCGGUGAUCAAGUCCCCAACGGCGGCGGAGAGCGAAGAUGCCAUUCGUGAGGAGCCGCAGCCCAGGAAGCGGCCCACCUUCCGGCAGGUCGCAACUGCAGUCUGUGGCAAUGUGAAGUUCAAGAAGCAGAAAAAGGCGGGCCCGCUGGACGUGGCGCAGAUGGAGCUGAGCUUCCACCGCACCGUGUCGAAGAGCUCGGUGUGCACCUUGGCGGCGCGCCUCCGGAAGAGCUUGCCCAAGUUCGGGGAGAUCCAGUUCCAGAGCGGGCUGAUGACGCGGUACUGCAUCGUGGGCCCUGACACCCAGCCUCAGAAGUUUGUGGAUUUGAUCAUCCGCAGCGCUGGUGUUUGGGACCUCGAGGCCCCCAGGCUGCUGCUCUCCAUCGUGGGCGGCGCCGGGGAGAUGAACUUGGACCCCGCGGUUGAAGCGCACUUCUGCGAGGGCUUGGUGGGUGCAGCGAAGCAGACGCACGGCUGGGUCAUCACAGGCGGCACCAAUAGCGGUGUCAUGGACUUGGUUGGCCGCGCGAUGCAUAGGCACGACGCCCGGCGCACGGUGCCCUGCAUCGGCAUCACGCCCUUCGGGGCGCUGAAGGACUGCUGGCGCAGCUCGCUGGACUCGCCCGAGGCUGGCCCGGAUUGCGGCGUGGUCGAAGCCCCGCUCACCAAGAAUGAUUCGGACGAGAUGCCGUCACUGCAGGAGCAUCACACCCACGUCGUACUCGUGGACGCGGGGAAGCGGCGCCAGGAGGCCUUCGGCACGGAGGUGGACAUGCGGGAGGCGCUGGAACGGUACGUUGCUACCUCGACCAUGUUUCGGAAGCGCAGCCGGAGCUGUUGUCUCUCCAGAGGGACUGGCUCCGGAGGCCUCGAUGCAGCGGAUAUUCCCACCAGUCCAAGUUUUGUGCAUCGCGAGCGGGUUCUUCGCGUGAUGAUUGUGGUGAAUGGCGGCCCAGUGUCCUUUACUCUGAUGGACAAAGCGAUUCAGAAUGGAUGCCCGGUCGUGGUUUGCAACAACAGCGGGCGUGCGGCGGACUUCAUCGCCUCCCUGAAGCUGGGGCAGCUCACGGACUACGAGGAAGCCUGGAAGAAGCACAUGACCGCGCCACCCGAUGUCAAAUCAGGGCUGAGAGGCGUGCGCUGUGGUGUAGAGGCUCUGCAGCGGAUCGUCGCGAGCUCCUGCGUUACGGUCUACACCACCAAUGACAGGUUGGAAGACGUGAUCCUGGAGGCUGUACGGCAGCAAGUCCUUGCCCAGGAUCUCUCAGAUGAGGAGCUGGAGACGUCCUUGGAGAGGCUCUUGGAGUUGGCGGUGCAGUGGGGCUGCGAGAAGCACUACGUCACCAUUGCGCGGCGCAUGGUGGCCACCUGUGGCUUCAGCAAGGUGGCGCGCUUCAUCCUGCACAACUUCUGCAAUGACUGGAGUGAGAAGGAGAUCGAGACGGCGCCGCUGAUGCGAUGGCUGCUGGCCACCUACGGCGACUCUCUCAAGCGCUUCCCGCUGACAGAGCUGUCGCCCCCUGGGAUUCGCUGGCAGAAGGCUGAGAUGCAGUUGCAGCCCGCUGAAGUUUCCUCCCUGGCGCAUUUGUUCAUUUGGCUGGCGGAGAACAAGGCGCCGGAGUCGGUAACUGACGUUCUGUGGCAGUGCUUGGACUACCCGGCCCAUGGGGCCCUGGCCGCCACCUCGGUGUGCCGGCAGGCAGCGGAGCGGUACCAGGCGCAGGGGAGCUAUGGCGAGACCAUGGUCGGGCACCUGCUGAUGAAGCGAGCUGACCGCUUUGAGGGGAUGGCGGUGCGGUUGUUGUCUGGACUGGAUCGCGUGGACCCUUUGGAGUAUGUCUUUCGGCGGUCCUGGCGCUGGGGCAAUCACCACCUCAUAUCCUUGGCGCAUCACCUGGAGUGCAAAGAAUUCGUCUCGCAGCAUUUCUACAACUCUGCCGUAGACUUGCUUUGGGUGACGCCCACGCCCUUUGCCGUUUUCGCCUUUGACAAAGAUGAGCAUCGGAGGCAGGCAAACAAGGUGACGGAGCCCUACUACGAGGUCGUGUGGCGUUUCUCGGGCGAGAGGCGGCGCCAGCUCAGCCUGCGCGACCUCUUCUCCAUCCCAAGGAUCAAAGCUUUGACACACGGCGGGUCCAGAGUGACCUUCGUGCUGCUUUAUUCCUACUACGUUCUUUUUGCCUCGGGCGUCGAGGCGAUGCUGAUGAGUUUGCUGCUGCUGAUUUGGGGCAUCUCCUUGGGACUGAUCGAGGCCUUGCAGUUGCAGGCCAAAGGCUCCGUGGGUCAGUACAUGAACAUUUGGAACGCCCUGGAUGUUUGCCUCAUUUUUACUCUGCUCUUCGGCAUCUCGCUCUGGUGGAUACUUGUCCCCUGGGCGCUGUCCGAGCAGAUGGUAAACUCAAUGCACGCCUUGAAUUUGCUGCCCUGCUACGUGCGCCUGCUGCAAAUCUUCGAGCUUUCGGAGUAUUUCGGGACUUUGCUCUUCACCGUCUUCGGCAUGGCUCAAGAUACGACCCAAUUCCUGGUGCUCCUGGGCAUCAUUUCGUUGGGCUUCAGCUGCUCGCUGACCCCGAUCCUGUACCCCAGCCAGUCGGCGCGCUGGAGCCAAGGUGUCACCUGGGGCUUUUGGGCCAUCUUCGGAGAUGUGGAGUUACAGGACACGGAUCCGAAUCUUCCAUGGUCAUUGAAAAUUUGCGUCAGCUUUUUGCAGUACUUGCUCUCGUUAGCAUCCAACGUGUUGCUGGUGAACCUGCUGAUCGCCAUGCUGAACGACACCUAUGUCGCUAACAAGGACUCCUCCAAGCGCGAGUGGGCCUUCAAUCGAGUGGACGCAGUCCUGGAAUUUGCCUCUCCAGAGGCACACAUUUUGCCUCCGCCCUUUGACAUUUUGGUGUCGUUGAGGGCCUUGUGCGGGAGAGCCAAGCCGGUCAGCAAGAAGGGCGAAGACAACUUCUGCACCGUGACCGGUGUGGUACCACUGGGCCCUCAUGAGGUGGAGAUCAGCAUCGAGGUGAAGGGCGGCAGUAUCCAGGCAGCAGAGAGCUCGCUGCUGGCCUGGGUGGACCAAGACAAGGAGGUGACGGUGAUGCCAGAAGAAGCCAUGACCGUGGACAGGAAGUGCAACCAAGCAGUGCUGGUCUUCCGUGAUGUCGUCCUUAGCAAGGCCUUGCGCUUCACCUUUGGCGGCAAGGGCAGCGGCUAUGAGACCGUCCGGGUGUAUCUGGAUCAGGACUCCUGGACCAGAGCGCUCACGCGCAUGGAGCAGCGCCACAUCAGCUUCUUGCAGCAGGAAGUGCUGAUGCAGGAGGCAGACGAGCCAGUGGAACAGCGAAACGAAGCAAUCGUCAACGAGACAAACCAGAAGAUGUCCGUGGCGGUCGACGAGAUCCGCAACUUGUCCAAAUGCGUGGCAGAUCUCACAGAGCAGAUGCGGCUGCAGGUCCAGCGAAACAGCUCCUUGGAAGGAGAGAUUCGUGAGCUGAGAGUGGCGUUGGAUGGCAAAUCAGCAUGACUCGCCUGGCUAUGCAGGAUUACAGCUAAGCUGGUGCCGAGGCGAGUGGCACAGAUCGCUUGUGUCUAGGUUGGGAUGCCUCAGAUUCACCAUGAACAGGUGAACAGCACACCGGCGCCCUCGCUGGUUUGAGUGGAGGUGAUGGUUGUGGUUUGGGCA